CUCAAGCUAUAAAAGCAAAAGGUCCAGUGUCUAUCCCAUACCCACUCUUCCAAUCACAUGUGGAAGAUUUAUAUGUGGAGGGGCUGCCAGAAGGAAUUCCCUUCAGGCGACCAUCCACGUAUGGCAUUCCCCGUCUUGAGAGGAUACUUCUAGCAAAGGAGCGGAUCCGGUUCGUGAUUAAAAAGCAUGAGCUUUUGAAUUUGACACGAGAAGAUGUACCGUUGGACAAACCAGUUGCAGGAGUGAAAGAGGAGUGGUAUGCCAGAAUCACCAAACUGAGAAAGAUGGUAGAUCAACUCUUCUGUAAAAAGUUUGCCGAGGCCCUGGGGAGCGCUGAGCCUAAAGCUGUUCCAUACCAGAAAUUUGAGGCCCAUCCUGCUGACCUCUAUGUUGAAGGGCUACCAGAGAACAUCCCCUUUAGGAGUCCCUCCUGGUAUGGAAUCCCUCGUCUGGAAAAAAUAAUUCAAGUGGGCAACAGAAUAAAAUUUGUGAUCAAAAGGCCGGAGCUGCUAACUCUCACUUCAACCGAAGUUAUUCAGCCCAGGUCGAACACCCCAGUCAAAGAAGAUUGGAACGUCAGGAUCACAAAGCUAAGAAAGCAAGUAGAAGAGAUAUUUAAUAUGAAGUUUGCCCAAGCUCUGGGGCUUUCAGAGGCAGUGAAAGUUCCCUAUCCUGUAUUUGAAUCAAACCCCGAGUACUUGUACGUCGAAGGCUUGCCAGAAGGAAUCCCCUUCCGGAGUCCCACAUGGUUUGGAAUUCCACGCCUUGAAAGAAUUGUCCGUGGGAGUGGCAAAAUCAAAUUUGUUGUUAAAAAGCCCGAGCUUGUCACUUCCUAUUUGCCUCCAGGACUGGCUAGUAAAAUAAACACUAAAGCAAUGAGUCCAAAGAGUUCAAAAAGGUCACGAAGUCCUGCAGGCAAUUCAAAGGUCCCAGAAAUUGAAGUUACUGUUGAAGAAGGUCCUAAUAAACCACAAACAACAGAUGUUCGAACUAAUUCUCAAACCAAUGGGUCCAAUAUGAGUUUCAAGCCACGAGGAAGAGAGUUUUCUUUUGAGGCGUGGAAUGCCAAAAUUACUGACUUAAAGCAGAAAGUCGAAAAUCUUUUUAAUGAAAAAUGUGGGGAAGCGCUGGGGCUGACUGAACCAGUGAAGGUGCCGUUUGCAUUGUUUGAGUCCUUCCCGGAGGUUUUCUACGUGGAAGGACUGCCCGAGGGGGUGCCAUUCCGCCGACCUUCUACUUUUGGAAUUCCAAGACUAGAGAAGAUCCUGAGAAACAAAGCUAAGAUAAAAUUCAUUAUUAAAAAGCCAGAGAUGUUUGAGGCAGCUGUUAAGGAAAGUUCUGCUAGAAGCCCCCAAAGAAAAAAUAAUUCAUCUAAUAUCGCCAAUACAGCAAGCACCACGACAAACACAGUGGUGAACACAGCUGCAGGUGUUGAAGACCUUAACAUCAUUCAAGUAACUAUACCAGAUGAUGAAAGUGAGCGACUGUCAAAAGUGGAAAAGGCCAGACAAUUGAGAGAGCAAGUAAAUGAUCUUUUUAGCCGGAAAUUUGGUGAAGCCAUUGGUAUGGAUUUUCCUGUGAAAGUCCCAUACAGAAAAAUCACUAUCAACCCUGGCUGUGUGGUGGUGGAUGGGAUGCCUCCAGGCGUGGCGUUUAAAGCUCCUAGUUACCUGGAAAUCAGCUCGAUGAGGAAGAUUUUGGAAUCAGCGGAGUUUAUCAAAUUUACUGUCAUUCGACCAUUUCCAGGACUUGUGAUUAACAAUCAGCUGAUGGAAAAAGCUGAAGCAGACACACCGCCAACAGCAUCAGCAGCAGCACCAGUACUACCAGAGCCAGCUGAACCAAGCCAAAUAGAAGUAUCUGUAGGAGAUAUUACAGAAACAGAAGAAAAUUCUCAAAUAAAGCAAGAACCAGACCCAACGUGGUAGACUUCAUCAAUACUGGUCAGAAGCAUCCAGUUCUGAGAAGAGCCUGCCGGGACUGUCUUGAGCUGUGUAAUAUAACUGUAUAAGAGAAGUACCUUCUAUACAAACCCUUUUUGUACUUUUAGAUAGAAAUGUCUACUUUUUCAGCAGUUCUGUGAAUUGACUUAAAGCAAAGAAUGACUGUAGAUUUGGAAUGGCUGGUUUUACUUUGGAAUAUAUUAUAAGGACUAAAUUUGAUGCAGCAGUCCUGGGGAGAUGACAAGGAUUAAAAUCAACAGGGACUUAACAGAGGCUGUCUACAUUUCCCAAUAAAGCUGAAUUUCACCG